AUGAACUACCUGCGCCGGCGUCUCUCGGACAGCAGCUUCGUGGCCAACCUGCCCAACGGCUACAUGAUGGACCUCCAGCGGCCGUCGCCCUCCCCGACCCCGUCCCCGCCCGCCCGCCCCAAGAGCUCCACCAGCUCCCCGGCGUCCCCCGCCACCGAGAGGCGCCAGCCGCCCUCCCUCUCGCCCCAGCCCCAGCCCCAGGCCUCCGCCGGCCCGGCCUCCUCCUCCUCCUCCUCCGCCUCCCCCGCCUCCUCCACCCCCAGCGCUCCACCCUCCGCCCCCUCCGCCCCCUCCGCACCUGCCCCGUCCGCCGGAGGCUUCCUCAGCUCCUUCUCCAGCGUGGUGAAGACGGCACAGAUCGCCAGCGCCGUCAAGGCCAAGGCCGAGGCCCAGGCGGCGCAAGCGGCCGACUCCGCCGCUGCUGCUGCUGCUCCCGCCACGCCCGCACCGCUGCCCAAACCGGCCAGCCGCAAGCCCAAGGUGCUGAUGGUCAUCGACGACCCCCACACAGACUGGGCCAAGUAUUUCCGGGGGAGGAAGCUCAAUGGAGAGUAUGAGAUCCGUGUUGAGCAGGCUGAGUUUACAGAGAUCAACUUGGCCUCCUAUGUCAACAGCGGCUGCAUGAUCGACAUGCAGGUCACAAGAGGUGGAACUAAGGUGGUCAGGACGUUCAAGCCCGACUUCGUGCUGAUCCGCCAGCACGCGUACAGCAUGACGCCCGGGGAAGACUUCCGGAGUCUGGUCAUCGGCCUGCAGUACGGGGGGGUAUCCAGCGCCAACUCCCUCCUCUCCAUCUACAACUUCUGCAGCAAGCCCUGGGUGUUUUCUCAAAUGAUCAAGAUGUACCAUAAUUUGGGACCUGAGAAGUUCCCUCUUAAUGAACAGACCUUUUACCCCAACUACUCACAGAUGCAACCCACGCCGGCGUUCCCCGUGGUCGUGAAGAUGGGUCACGCACACGCAGGCAUGGGAAAGAUUAAGGUGGAGAACCAGGAUGACUUCCAGGACAUCACCAGCGUUGUCGCUCUGGCCAAAACCUACGCCACCUCGGAGCCUUUCAUAGACUCCAAGUACGACAUCAGGAUCCAGAAGAUUGGGAACAACUACAAGGCCUACAUGAGGACGUCCAUUUCAGGUAACUGGAAGGCCAACACAGGCUCUGCCAUGCUGGAACAGAUUGCAAUGACGGACAGGUAUCGGCUGUGGGUAGACUCCUGUGCUGAGAUGUUCGGAGGUCUGGACAUUUGUGCGGUGAAGGCCGUCCAUGGAAAGGAUGGCAAUGACUACAUCAUCGAGGUGAUGGACAGCUCCAUGCCUCUGAUUGGUGAACACGUGGAGGAGGACAAACAGCUGAUCACAGAUCUGGUGGUCAACAAGAUGACCAGCGUGCUGCUUGGCAUCACCUCCCCCCAGACUACCUCAGCUACACAGCCGCAACCUCAGACAACCCAACCCAGGCGUGUCCAAGGAGGGCCCCGGUCUGCUGCAGGCUCUCCGUCCCAGUCGGCCCAGGCGUCUCCACAGCGAGCCCGAUCAGCAUCCACCUCCCCCAGCCAGGCCUUCCAGCCCGGGCCCAUCCCCGCCUCCGGCCCUGGAGCCGCCUCGCAGAAACAGCCCCCACAGCUCAAUAAGUCGCAGUCCCUGACCAACACCUUCACGGAGACGCUGCGCGGCUACACCACAGAUGACGAGGCCAAGGCCGAGACCAUCCGUAGCCUCAGGCAGUCCUUCGCCAGCCUCUUCUCAGACUAGCGGCCUGUUCCAUCGACGCCCCACCACCACCACCUCCACUCCCACCACCGCUUCCUCUCUCCCAACUCCCCGCCCCCCAAGCCAUCCCCUCCAGUCCAGGGGGGGGCAGAGGCGAGUUCAAGAUAAUAAGCACCCAGAGGGACAUUUUCACCAGGUGUGCUUGAGUUGUCAGAGCUGAAGACUCUGAAGUCACUUCCCCCCGUGACUUCCUGUUUUGGGACUCCAAAGGGAGGAGAGGAGCCCUCUGAUUGGUCAGUGGGCAGAGCAGUUGUCCGUUGAUUGGUUCUUGUUAUAUGCUUAGGUUAUGUACAUGUCUGUUUGUUUCAGUUCUGGUUUGUAGUCAGAUAUGUUAUAAGUAGUGUAAUAGUAGCGGUGUCAGUACAGUAGUUGUAGUUUUGGUGUUCAGCGUGUCGGUAGGAUUCAUAUCCUUUCAUUUCUGUGUGUACUCUCAAAAGAACACAAUAUGGCUGAAAGACCAUGAUUUCAGAAUAAUAAUAAUAAUAAUGAAAAUGGACAUCUAAUGGAAAAAAAAUAUACAGACUUUGACUUUCUUGGAAAAUGGGAUCGCUGAUUUAUACAAACCUGAUUUUCUGAGAAGGUUAUUGUCUGUGUGGAAGGCAUGCACUUUUUUUCUCCUCAAUAUAUAAAUGAAAAAUGUGUACCGAGAUAACACUAUAUGGAAACCCUUAAACCCUGAAAUGUGUUGCUGUAUUAAUCAGUUUUAAAUAAUUAGUUGCCCACUUUAUUUUGUACGUUUUUUAAUUGAUCAGUCUUCCAUCAACAAUGAAUCUUCCCUUUAUGAAGCCAAUACAGCGUAACUACUUGAGAUAUCUUGUACAUAGCUAUUAAGUGUGUCUUAGUAGGGCACUGGUAGUUAUUGUGCCUCGAUGUCUUGUAGGUCCACACCCUUGAUGAAUAUAGGGAAAUGUCAAAAAAGUUUUACAUUGAAG